AUGUAUCGAAAAUCUCAUAGGUAUAAAAGAACAAUUAAACAGAAAAAUAAAAAUGACUAUCGUUGUUUGGUCAAUAAUGCUAAAAAACUUUCAAUUGAAAAUCUUAGACAACAAAUAUCGUCUUAUUUAUCAUAUGAAGUUGAUAAAGUUGAUUUAGCUCAAGUUGAUAAAAAAAAAUUUGAUUUUAAUGUUACUUUUGGUCAAAUAUUAAAUGCUAAUCAAAUGCGAGAUAUAUUUGAAUUAUUUGAAAAUAAUAUGAAAUCAUUUUAUGAUAUAUCAAAUAGUAGCUAUGAUCCAAUCGAGAAACGAGCAGAAUUAUUUCAUCGUGAUUCACGUUAUUUAUUAGUGAAUGAUACUACUGAUCAUAUUGUUGCCUAUUCUCAUUUUCGUUUUGAUAUAGACUUUAAACUUCCUGUUAUAUAUAUAUAUGAAAUACAAGUAACAAAAGCAUAUCAAAAUCUUCGACUUGGUCGACAAAUUAUGAUUAUUUUAGAACAUUUAUGUCAAUUAAAUAAAAUGAAAAAACUUAUAUUAACUGUAAAAAAAUCAAAUGUUCAUGCAUUAAAAUUUUAUUAUCGUCUCGAUUAUAGAAAAGAUACAAGUGAUCCAAACGAUAGUGAUACAGAAACUGAAUACGAUUAUUUUAUUUUAUCAAAAACAAUCUAA